AUGCUGGCCAAGGGACUGCUGGCACGAGAUGACAAUGCAGUCCAGUGGCACAAGUGGCAGGUAUUCUUUGCCGACGAGCGCCUGGUUCCGUUGGAUCAUGCUGACUCUAACUUCAAGUUGUGUGACCAAGAGCUUUUCUCCAAGAUCCCUGGAUUCCCUCGCGAACAGAUUCACGGAGUCGAUGAGUCUUUACUUGAAGAUGCAGAGGAGUUGGCGGAUGCGUAUGAGAAGCGCUUGGUAGACACAUUUGCUGGGAAAGAGACUGUGCGCCACCCCGUGUUUGAUCUCAUUUUGUUGGGAAUGGGUCCUGAUGGUCAUACUUGCAGCCUGUUCCCUGGUCAUGAGCUGCUGAAGGAGCAGGAUCGUUGGAUUGCCCCUAUUGAAGAUUCGCCAAAGCCACCGCCUCGUCGCAUUUCGUUCACCUAUCCUGUCCUUAACCACGCUCAUAAUGCAGCGUUCGUGCUCGCUGGCGAGGGUAAGCAAGAAAUGCUGGCCAAGGUGCUUGAUGAACCCAAGCUGGGUCUUCCUGCGAGUCUCGUUCGCCCGUAUGCGCCCGGUCAGGUGCUGUUCUUUACCGACGAAGCAGCCGCUGCCAAGACCCACUAUCCUCGUAGCCAAUUUAAUCUGUAG